AUGUUUGUCACCAAAGUAGGACUGGUCCGAGCGCUUUUGCUGGCUCUCGUGAUUACAGCUGCGGUCGUCUCCGCUCAUCCGGGCGAGGCUCCUCCGACCCCGCAGAAUAUCGUGGAGGGCAAACUUUACAGGCGCUCGGCACAGGCGCAGUACAAGCGUUGCAACGGCUCUCGCCAAUCACUGCAACGCCGUCACGCCGUCAACACUCAAGUGCACCGACGGCAGAAGCUGCUCGAGCAGCUCCGUCGUGCCCGCACCGCUCAGCGUCGUUCUGACUCAGGUUACGCAUCGGAGGUGCUCGAAACCAGCCAUGUCUCCAACCGCACCGACAUUACGAGCAACUCAACUACCUCGGCGGUCUUUGCAAACAGCACGGACGCCUGUGUCUUGCAGCCCGAAGUCACAAUCGGGCCCUACUGGGUCAGCGGCGAAUUGCUUCGUUCCAACCUGACCGACGACCAGCCGGGUGUGCCCCUUUACCUCGAUGCACAGUUCGUCAACAUCAACACGUGUGAGCCCGUUACCGACCUGUACUGGGAGAUCUGGAACUGCAACUCGACUGGCGUCUACUCUGGAGUGGUGGCCAGUGGCAACGGCAACAUGGAAGACGAAUCCAACCUCAAUGCGACGUUCCUUCGGGGUAUUCAACGCACAGACGAGAACGGUGCUGCUCAAUUUCAGACCAUCUUCCCCGGCCACUACACCGGUCGAGCGCACCACAUCCACGUCGUCGCGCACAUCAAUGCUACAGUGCUCCCAAACAGCACGCUGGCCAACUCGGCCAACACCGGUGCAGUCCACAUUGGCCAGUUGUUCUUCGAUCAAGACCUCAUUUCCCAAGUCGAAGCCUCGUCCCCCUACUCGUCCAACACGCAAAACAUCACCACCAACGCCGAAGACAGCAUCUUUGCUCAAGAGGCCGAUAGCGAGGGUUCUGACCCUGUCCUAGAGUACGUGCUGUUGGGCGACAAAAUCGAGGAUGGCGUCUUUGCCUGGACCAGCAUCGCUGUGGAUGUCGACGCCAAGUACAACACAUCCGCUGCAGCGGCAUACACAAAGGAUGGCGGUGUGGCAAACGAGCAGUCGCUCAACGGUAUGGGUGAUGGUGCUCCGGGAGGGCUCGCUCCGUCGAAGUGA